AUGGGAGGCAAGAUUGAAGUAUACGUUGAUUGCCGCAACAAACCGCCAUGGACUCUCCCAGCCAAAGCAGCGUAUGGGCAGUUCGACAGAGUCCGAGCAUCGAAGCACUUUGGAGUUGAUGAUUUCGAAGUCCCGCCAUUCUUCCCUCCUCUAACUAUUCUGCCACAACGAUGCGCGACGUAUAUUAAACAAAACUACCCGCGCGAUCGCUUUGAGAGUACAUUCCUGCUAUACUGGCAGUAUAUGUUCUUCAAACACAUCGACCUGAGCAAACCCGAGGGCAUGAUCGAGCUGCUCAAGGAAGCCAAAUAUUCGAGCCAGGAAAUUGAGCGUAUCCUAGCAUCUACGAAGACUGACGAGAUAAAAAAGGCACUGACGGAUAGGACCCAGGAGGCGUUGGAUAGGGGUGCGUUUGGGGCACCAUGGUUCUGGGUUAAGAAUAAUGAAACAGGGAAGGAGGAACCAUUUUUUGGCAGUGAUAGGUUUCAUUUUAUGUGGGAGUUUUUGGGCGUGCCGUUUGAUGAUGUGAAGAUUAGACCAGCGCAAAAGGCGAAGAUGUGA